AUGGUCGGCCUCGAUGCAGCCGGGAAGACAACCAUUUUAGACAAGCUGAAGCUCGGCGCCGCGCGCGAAACGGUGCCGACGAUCGGCUUCCAUGUGGAGACGGUGGACUACCGCAACGUGACGUUUCACCUGUGGGACGUCGGUGGGCAGAAGCGGCUGCGCACGCUGUGGAGGAUGUACUACGAAGGCGCCAACGCCGUUAUCUUCGUCGUUGACAGCAAUGAUCGCGCGCGUGUCAGCGAGGUGCGUGAAGAGCUGCGGACGCUCUUGUCAGACCCGCUGCUGGCCGGCGCAGCAUUACUGGUGCUGUGCAACAAGCAAGACCUGCCGCAUCGGCUGACGCCUGCAGAGCUCGUAGAAGGGUUAGGCUUUCGUGACCUCUCCGACAACGGUCUGGGACGCUACCUGGCCGGCCACAAGUGGUACGUCCAAGGAUGCUGUGCUCAAACAGGUGACGGCUUAUACGAAGGGCUGGACUGGAUGUGUUCUCACCUCCCGGACAGUGUUUAG